AAUUAUUCGGGGUAUAAAGCUUCACUACUCUUUACUUUUCUGUGUAUAUUUUUUUUUCCCUUUUAGUCUUGACUUCCAAUGAAUAGAGCUUUUAAACAUAUAAUACCUACUUCACGUCAAGUACUACAAAGCAAUAACUAUUAUACCUCAUGUUUUAUUCUCUCAAAAACAUUAACAAAUUCAGCUAGAACUGCUAUUACCAGCCAAAAAAGACUGCUUUCACAAUCUAUCGUUCGUCCUAUUUCUUUUAAAGGAAUUUUUAAAAGCAAUGAAAUAGAAGAUAACAAAGAACUUAUACUCGAAAAAGAUGAUUUAUUUCAUGUGCUUUCUAAAUCACCGCUACCAGAAAUGAGGGAUAGAGCUGCCAUUAUUAACAAGUAUGGCGUAUGCCCUGUUUGUUGUGAAGUACAUGGAGAACAAGCACAUUCCAAACAUCCCGUUUUUGAUUGUCCUGAUUGUGGAUACCCUACCCAUUGUAGUGAAGAACAUUAUCAUCAAGGAAGAGCUGCACAUGAAGAAAAUUGUAAAAUUUUGCGGCAAGUCAAUGAGGAUGACCAUGACUUACGUUCAGGUAGACCCAUGCGUGAGUUUGAAUUUCCAAGCGCACAAGGAUUUGAUGAAACAGUAAGCAUGGAAAACUGGGAUAUUUUCUUUUAUACUCGUAGUUUCCCUUCUAUGGAUUCUGAUAGAUCUUUACGUCACGUCUCUAAAUUAUUAACUUAUCCAAUAACCAUUGCUUCAGUUUUACAUCAAUCAAGUCCAUAUAAAUAUGGUGAGCAUAUUACUGCUGAAGGCGCAAGAUCUAUUGCAGCUUUAAGAACAAUUCUGUAUCCUAAAAAUCAAUUAAGUAAUAGUAGUCAGCAAGAACCUCGUACAGAAACCAUCAAUAUUUAUAUUAUAGGUGCACGAGCAGAAGCUACGUUACCUUCUCAUAUAUGGCUUCAAAUGGCUUAUCUGUUCCCUGUAACACCUUUCCAUAUCCAUUUUGUGGGUCCUGAUGCAUUAGCACCUAAUCAAAAGCCUUAUACUAAAAUGAUUAACGAACGGCUUGCUUUUACCUAUGAUACCGCCAUGUAUCAUGACUAUCAUGAAACCAUUGAAAAGUUUGAUCCUUAUACUGACCUUUUCUUCCUAUUCUCUCCUGGUAUUGCUCAACCUGAUUCUCGUGAAAAUUGGAAACCAUCAAUCCAGAAGGCACUUGAAACAAAAUGCCCUAUCUUUAUGACAGGAUAUGACGAAAAUGAUAUGAAGAGUGACGUAGAGGCAGUCAAAGAAGACUAUGAAAAUGAAUUUGAUUGGGUUUUGAAGCCAAGUCAAAAUGUCUUUCGUAGCUUAAAACGUGAUGUUAAUUUAAUGGACAUAAGACAAACCAUUUUAGCGAAUUAUGGCAUUUGGGGUAUUCGUGGCAAACGAUAUGAUGUUGUUCAUGAUCCUGAAAAUAAUGAUUAAAAGGAAAAAAGAAAAGAAAGAAAGAAAAAGAUUAUUUUGUAUAUAUAUAAAAGUAUGUUAAUACUCGUAUCUAACAAAGAUAAUAAGCUUAUUUUUAUUAUUAUUUUGUAAUAAUUGACAAAAUAAGGCUAUUGACGUGUAAAGAAGUUCAUC